AUGAAGACGACGGCUGGACUCAUCACGGCCCUAAUCUCCGUAGCGGCGCACGGCCUGCGGACCCGGGACGGCGCCGGCGGCCCUACGCCGCCCGGCAAGUGGCGCAUUUCCCCCAUUGACGGCUCCAAGAUUGCGCUGCCGACCAAGGAGCAGCUGGCAUUUCAGGACCGCGAGAUGGGCUGCCUAAUCCAUUUCAACAUGGCCACUUACAUUGCGCAGGACGGCUGCAACGGCGACCCCGCCCUGGUGCCCCCGCGGUCCCUCUUCGACCCGGCCCGGCUGGACACGGACCAGUGGAUGGAGGCCAUCAAGAGCCUUGGUGGCAAGUACGCCACGCUCGUCGCCAAGCACAACUGCGGCUUCACCACCUCGCCCACAAAGGUCAGCUUCAAGGACCUUGCUGGCGAGACGGUUCUGUACAACUACACGAUUGCCCAAUCUCCCGCCCAAGGCAGAGAUGUGGUGGAAGAUUUUGUCGAGUCCGCGAGCAGGUAUGGGUUUGGGCGUGGCUUGUACUACAGCGUUGUUGUCAACAACUACCUCAACGUCCAGUCUGCGCAUGUCCGCAACGUUCCAGCCGGGCCCGGCCAGGCCGGCAUCACCACCGAUGUCUACAACGAUAUCGUCUUUGAGCAGCUCGAGGAGCUGUGGAGCAAUUAUGGCAACUUGACCGAGAUUUGGUUUGACGGCGGAUACAGUGGCGACCAGAAAGACCGCAUUCAGUCCCUACUGCAAAAGACACAGCCCAACGCCGUCGUCUUCAACGGCUGCCAGGACGACGGUUCCUGUGUAUCAGAUAAUUCAAUCCGCUGGAUUGGUAACGAGCUUGGCCAUGCCGAGGAGGAAAAUUGGUCAACUGGCCUCACGAAAUCUGGCGAGUCCGACAGCCCCUGGUUUACGCCCUCCGAGUGCGACACCACGCUGCAGACGGGCGACCGCUGGUUCUUUGGCGUCGACACGCCGCUGCGCUCGCUCGCGGAGCUCAUCAAGGUCUACCACGAGACGGUCGGACGCAACUGCGUGCUCGCCCUUGACAUGUCGCCCGACCGCCGGGGCCUGAUCCCCGACUCCCACGUCGCGCGGUACAAGCAACUCGGCGACUUUAUCCGGCAGUGCUACGACGACCACCCCGUGCAGCCGUCGUGCGAGAAGCGCGACGAGGCGCAGGGUAGCUGCACGCUGACAUUUGAUAAACCGGCUGAGAUUGACCGGGUCGUGCUCAUGGAAGACCAAACAGACGGCCAGGUCAUUCGCACAUACCAGGUCUGGGGCAGGCAGGGCAAAGACGGUCUGGAUGAUUGGAGCUUGUUGUCGAAUGGCACGAGUGUCGGUCAUAAGAAGAUAGACCUCUUUAUGAAACCUGUGACCGUCAGCGAGGUCAUGGUCAACUCGACUUUUGUCGACACGCCAAAGUGGCGUUCCGUCACUGUUCACAAGUGCUCAUAG